AUGAUCAACAAAUCAGCGGCUGUUAAAGAAAAGGUCCAAGAACUCGUCCAAACCCCGCCCCCAGAGUCAUUCCGGCAUGCCGACACGAAGGAUAGGCAUGGCAAGAAGUAUAAGCGAAAAUCCGUAUUCUCGCUCGAUGACGAUGGCAGCGACGACGAACCCUUCGCGUUAAAACCCGGAAAAGCCAAGCCGGACACGGAAAAGGCAAAAGUAUCGCUAGAGUCAUAUCUGGCCCAAGCCGAUGUGCUAGAAUGCUUUGAAUUAUGCAUAUCCUUCAUGAUGUCCUUGGAACGUCCGGCGUCGUUACCACUGAAUUCCGCCAUCCCUCCAAACUGUCAUCCGCGUUACCAGCAAAGAAAUUCCCCGAAAUCCUCACCCUUCAAGUUUGGCUACGAAGUAUCGCCCGGAGAGAAUACUAUUAAUGCGUCGCACAGAUUCCUCGUCCCAAAGGCUGGCGAGUGCGCAAAGGCCUUUGGCGCCGAUCUGUCUCACUUCUACGAUGGAUUCUUGAAUGCUGGAUCAGUCUAUCUCCUCUCCGCCUCCCCGGACGAGCAUCUCGACUAUUCUCGUGUGCACACGCUGAACCUGCAGAGCCGGCAGAUCAAUACUCACCAGUGCCGUGGCGACCCGUCUCGCGGAUUCCCGCCGGCCCGAAAGCAAGCUGGAUUGGCCUCGGUUCCUGGCUUUAUCUUGCUGGCCGGUGGCGAGGUGGCCGAUCAGUACAACGUGCAUCGCCUGCAGGACUACUGGGUGCUGAACUGCGACACGUUCGAGUGGACCCAAGUGCCCGCCUCGAUGCCGUGCCCCCUCAUCGAGCCCCGCAUCACCACAUGCAAUUCAGGCAAAGUCUACCUUUGGGGCGACCACGAUGUGCCGCUCCCCGGCAUGCCACAGCAGGGAACGCAUCUGCGCAUUUUGAAGUCACUCGAGGGAAAAGGAUUUGUCCAUGGCUCAAAUAUCCCCUUUCUGGUGUCCGGCAUGGAGAACUACAAGACGCCUCCCCCGUCAUACGACCAAAGCGCCGGCCAUUCCGUGCCCAGCUAUCAGCAAAACAACACUCCCACGCCUCCCGCCUAUCCGUCGUAUCAGCCGAUGGGUGGACAACAGCAGCCCGCGCCGCAGAUGGGCUUCAACACUGGCGGCAGCAGCCCGUACCCGCAAAACCAGAGCAGCCCUUAUCCACAGGGCGGUGCGGCACCCUAUGGAGGACAGCCGAGCUACCCGACACAAGGCGGCAGCUACCCCCGUCAGGACUACGGCGGCAACCAAGGAGAGUAUCAACCCGGCCCGGCUCCCGGCACCCAAGCCUACUACCCCCCGCAGAAGAAGGACAAGGAUUGCUCCAUCAUCAGGCCAGCACGUCGUUAUACGCAGCGCCAAGUCUUCUCGAGGGCACGUCGAUAUUGUCAUUCCAAGCGCGUGGCCGACGACGAACGC